UCUUUAAUAAAGCAAGCAAAAAGAAGCAUUGAAACGAAACAAUUAUUAGAAGCUAAUGGAAGAAAAGGAGCUUGUUUCGUUAUUCAUAAAGCAAACCCACUAACAUUUACAUACCUUACCUCCCCUUUAAACCCAAUCUCUUCUUUCUCACCAAGUUUAGCAUCAUCCCCGUCCUUCGCCACCAAGAAAAAUUAGUUCCAUUCCCGGCCCCUACAUAACAGAAUGAACACCUCUUCUUUUUCCAUUUUGUAUAGGAAGAAAAGUUCUCAAACAUUCAAAACCUUGGCUUCGGGAGUGAAUUAGAGAAAGAAAGAAAGAGAGAAAUGAGUGCAGAUUGGGGACCGGUCAUUGUUGCAGUAGUUUUGUUCAUCCUCUUGUCGCCAGGGUUGCUGUUCCAGCUGCCAUCGAGGACUAGAGUGAUAGAGUUUGGUAACAUGUGCACAAGUGGGAUAGCCAUCCUGGUUCAUGCCAUUAUAUACUUCUGCAUAAUUACCAUCUUGAUCAUUGCAAUUGGUAUUCACAUACAUGUUGACUGAUCUAAAGUCUCAAGAAAAGGGUAACCCUUCCCUUUUUUUUUUCUUUCUUUCUUUGGCUCCCCAAUUUGUUUUCUUAAGAUGGAGCUCAUAUUCUACCUUCUUUCUUAUUAUCAAUCUGAUUUCGUUUUUCCUUUAUUUUUCUUCACUAUUUUAUUCAUUGUUGUUUGCGAGAGAAACCUUGAAAUGUGUAAUAAUGAAGCUAUUUCUUGACAAGGUGGUUUCACUUGUAAUUUAUCCAAGAUUGAUUGAUUGACGGAUGAUGGUCAUAUGAACGAAUUUUUCAACUCUGCUCUCUAAAAUCCCAAAAAAUUUUCAGCAUAUAUUUCUCUUUCCUUGAGUUUCUUUACUGGUCCUAGCCAAAUGAAAGUGCAAUAUUAGUUAUUUGUGAAUUAUCAAACCGUUAAAAAAGGGGGCGACUGUCCUUUAGAUUGCCUUUGACAGUG